CUAGAGACUCCCGGGUCCGAGGAGGGAGGGGUGGGGGCAGAGAUCCUGCAGCCCCCCGCCCCCCGUCACCCCCGGAGAGGAGAGGAGAUCUGCUUUCUGGGUUUUGUUUCUCUUUCCCCCCCACCCCCACCCCGGGGGCUUGGGCGAGGGGAGUCGGGUUACAGGGUGUUUGGGGAGGGGGGCUUAGGGGGAGGGUCUAUCUUUCUAUCUCAGCGUCUUUCCCCCUCCCCAGUUCUUUGUUCCCCCCUCCCCACACACCCCCUCCUCUCCUCUCCCCUCCCCUCCUCUCUCCUCUUUUCCCUUCCACCACCUCUCUCUCUCUCUCUCCCUCUCUCUCCCUCUCUCUCUCCCCCAGCUUUUGUUUCGCCAUGCCUAGUCUAGUGGUAUCUGGAAUAAUGGAAAGAAAUGGGGGCUUUGGAGAACUAGGAUGUUUCGGGGGAAGCGCUAAGGACAGAGGGCUGCUGGAAGACGAGCGCGCCCUUCAGCUGGCUCUCGAUCAACUCUGCCUCCUGGGUUUGGGGGAGCCCCCCGCCCCCACGGCAGGCGAGGACGGGGGAGGUGGGGGGGGCGGCGCCCCUGCGCAGCCGGCUGCUCCCCCGCAGCCGGCCCCACCGCCGCCGCCCGCGGCGCCCCCGGCCGCCCCGACGGCGGCCCCCGCGGCGCAGACGCCUCAGCCCCCCACCGCCCCCAAAGGGGCCAGCGACGCCAAGCUCUGCGCCCUCUACAAAGAGGCCGAGCUGCGCCUGAAGGGCAGCAGCAACACCACCGAGUGUGUACCCGUGCCCACCUCCGAGCACGUGGCCGAAAUCGUGGGCAGGCAAGGCUGCAAGAUUAAGGCUCUGAGGGCCAAGACCAACACCUACAUCAAGACUCCAGUGCGGGGUGAGGAGCCAGUGUUCAUGGUGACCGGGCGGCGGGAGGACGUGGCCACAGCCCGAAGGGAAAUCAUCUCAGCGGCGGAGCACUUCUCCAUGAUCCGAGCAUCACGCAACAAGUCGGGCGCUGCCUUUGGUGUGGCUCCUGCCCUGCCCGGGCAGGUGACCAUUCGCGUGCGGGUGCCCUACCGCGUGGUGGGGCUGGUGGUGGGCCCCAAGGGGGCCACCAUCAAGCGCAUCCAGCAGCAGACCAACACUUACAUUAUCACGCCAAGCCGUGACCGCGACCCGGUGUUCGAGAUCACCGGUGCCCCAGGCAACGUGGAGCGUGCACGCGAGGAGAUUGAGACACACAUCGCAGUGCGCACUGGCAAGAUCCUCGAGUACAACAAUGAAAAUGAUUUCCUGGCAGGGAGCCCCGACACGGCACUGGACAGCCGCUAUUCUGAGGCUUGGCGGGUGCACCCGCCUGCCUGCAAGCCCCUCUCCACCUUCCGGCAGAACAGCCUGGGCUGCAUCGGAGAGUGCGCCGCGGACUCUGGCUUUGAGACCCCACGCUUGGGUGAGCAGGGCGGGGACUUUGGCUACAGCGGGUACUUGUUUCCCGGCUACAGUGUGGGCAAGCAGGAUGUGUACUACGGGGUAGCAGAGACCAGUCCCCCGCUUUGGGCGGGCCAGGAAAAUGCCACGCCCACCUCAGUGCUCUUCUCCUCUGCCUCCUCCUCCUCCUCCUCUUCUGCCAAGACACGUGCUGGGCCCCCGGGAGUGAACCGCUCUCCUGCCACCUCCUCCUCAGAGCUGGCAGGACUCCCGAGACGCCCACCUGGAGAGCCACUUCAGGGGUUCUCCAAACUUGGGGGCGGAGGCCUGCGGAGCCCUGGUGGCGGACGGGAUUGCAUGGUGUGCUUCGAGAGUGAGGUGACUGCGGCCCUCGUGCCCUGUGGACACAACCUGUUUUGCAUGGAGUGUGCAGUACGCAUCUGCGAGAGGACGGACCCCGAGUGCCCUGUCUGCCACAUCACAGCCACGCAAGCCAUCAGAAUAUUCUCCUAAACCUCCUGCCCCGUGCCUACUGGGGCCACUCCCCAGGGGCCUGCCCCUGGAGCUGUUUUCCACCAGAGCCUUUUGGAAAUCAGUAAUCUGAGGGGCAAGGUGCUUAGAAAUACUUGCUGGGAGAGGGGAGGGGAGGCUACGGUGGCUGGAGGGUGGGCCACUUUCAGACCCUCUGGUUACCCUGUCCUUGAAAGUUUGGGAGGGGACCAGAUGGGAAAUUUUACUAGAGUUACAACUCUGAUACCUCAACACACCCUUCAAUCUAGAAGCAGCUACGAGAAACUUGUUUUGCUGGAAGUGGCAGCUAAGACACCCUGAACCCACCUCUCCCACCUCCCCACCUGUGGCAUGCUACCCCCUGCGCUACGGAGGGGGAGGGCGGGGUGGGAGAGGGAGAACGCCAUCUGUAUCCAGAGGUGCUCUCUCCACUUCCCGAGGCCUCUGGUCCUGACUCCCGACCUCCUAACAUGACCCUUUGGACCCUCCGCUGCCAUAUCCUGUUUGAGAAUCUGUUUCUGGGUUUCCAGCAGUGGGAGGGGGUUGGGGCCCUUUCAGAAGCCCACAUAGAUUGUGUGGGGAGGGGGAGCAUGUCAGUCAAUUAGGGGCUCAGACCUGUCUGUCCUCACAAAGCUGGGCUGGAGGAAACCGGCGGAGUCCCCUCUGUCCCCUUCAGCGUCCCCCUCCCCCUCCCAUAUGUCCUCCCUCUGGCUUCUCCUUUCUCCUUUGCUCUUUCCCAGCUCUUCUCUUUACUUCCUCUUGGUGGCUGUCACUCCCCCCUCGUGCUGCCCUUUCUGUGUCUUCCCUUCUCCCCUUUCCUCCUACCCCUCCUAGCCCAGCUUUGGGAAGACCAUCUCCCUGCGGAGAACUAUGGGGGAGGACUUUUGGGGGUCCGCUUAAUUCUUCUUCUGGCAUCUACAGGCCCUCUUUCCCCACUCCUCCAGAGAAACACCUCAAAUUCCCGGUGAAAUACAUCUCUGUUCUCAGUGAAAGUUUGAGGAGGGGAUUAAUACUGGGGAACAUAAAGGUCCGACUGCCCACCUGUAUCAGCUUCGGUGUCACGUUUAGGCAGCAGUCCUCGGGCUGGAUUUCAUGGCAGUGGGAGGAGCGGAGCCAGGUGGUGGGUCUGCCGUUGGAAGGGUCAGGAGGGGCUGCUCCUUCCUCCCUGCAUUGCCCCACUCCCUGUGCCCCCCUCCGGACCUCACUCUGACCCUUAUUAGCCAGCGAAUCAUGGAGUGUCUGUCUUACCCAUCGUGUCUGAGGAGGGCAGGUUUUCAGAGAGGGGUCAUACCGGGGCUAAGCAGGGUUGGAAUAUGGCUGUUCCCCCCCGAGAAUCGUGUUACAGGCCUCACACCCCCUUUGCUGCUUCCCUGCUGCUCACUUGGGGCUGCCACCAGCUUCCCACCCUCCUGGUUCUGCUGGCCGGGCCAGGAGAGGACGGGGAUCGGAGUCCCUGGGGGUCCCAGGAGCUUCUUGUAUAUAGUGGGGUGGGACUGUUGUAAGUGACCUCUGAGCACUUAAGCUCUGGAGUCCCAUUCCUGGAUAGAGAGAGGGUGUGGGGAUGGGGGUUCAGAGGGGAUCCCACCUUUUCUUCCUCCCGUUGUGAAUUAACUCGCCUCUCCUCAGCCUUCCCCUCCAGACCACCAGCCAGGGAGGGGAGAGGAAAGGGGUCACAGCCAGGAAAACAGGUCUGUGGCAACUUCCCUCCUUCCCGCCAAUGUGAGCCAUCCCGAGAUGUCUGUACAAUAGAAACCAAACCAAAUGGGCACCCCUGGUUGCCCUGGGGAGGUGGGGGGUGGGGGGGAUGUCUGUCUGUCAAUUACCCUCCCCCUCUCUCCUCCUUACCCACAAAGGCAGAAGACUGUUAUACUAGGGGGCUCGGAAAAUUCAAUCCCACCCUUACUAAUUGAGCCAAACCUAGAUAGACAAACGCAAACACACAUAGUGAGAGACAAAACAGAGGUGAGAAAGAGCGCGAGAGGGAACGAGACAGGCGACCAACGCAGAGAAAACAAAUAGCAAAAAAAAAAAAAAGCAGUUCUUUAUAAUUUAAUAUUCUAUUUUAAUAAAGGCGUUUAUUACCAUAUAAAUGUAGCAAAGAACCUGGGCUAAUAUGAAAAAAAAAGACUUUUUAUUAGGUAAUUUAUUAUAUGAAAAGGAUAUUUUAUUUUAUGAUAAAGUGAUCCUUAAAAAAAAUAAAAAAACUUUAGAAGGUUUAGAAUAUAUGUAGGGAGAGAAGAAAAAAAUACAUUUGUAUUCAGAGUUAAAUCUUUAAAAAGUGUUUUUAAUAUAUGUUCAGGUUUACGUUCCUUUUUCCCCCACUUUUUUUUGGGGAGGAAUGUCACUUGCUUUUGGGGAGAGGGACCUGGUCCCUCUGGGGCCCCGCAAGUGGAUUGGAUUUCAUUCCAUGGGCUCCCUUCUCCUCUCCCCCUCCCCCUCGGGGGAGCCGGCAGAGCCAAACAAAGAAAGGAAUUAACAAGAAAGGGAGAAGCUAGAGGACUGAGGACCCUGGGGUGCCCCCCCUUCUCCUGCCCUGUCCCAGGGGCAAGUGAGGAGGGCAAGUCCGGAACUGAGGCCUAGCAGGCUUACGGGACCCUCAGAGAGGUAUGAGAUUUAAAAGAAAUAGUUUUUGUUUUUAACCAAAAAU